GUAAAGCCUUCCUCUCCCGCUUUCAAUUUCCCACAAUUUGGAUGGCUACGCCUACCACCACCACCACCACUCCGUUUCUUUCAAUUCCAGACCACGCCAUGAAUUCCCUCCCUCUCUCUCUCCCACUUUCUCUCUCCUCCAAAUUCAGAGCCAAUCCCUCGCGCCUCUUCUCUUCCCAUCUCAGAGCCUUCUCCGCAUCGUCUUUGACCCUCGCCGACGACAUUCCCAGUCCGGCGACGAAACCGGUUCCCGCUUCCAAAAGUGGCGUCAGAAAUAGGGUUAAGGUUGGUGUUAAGGCUUCCGAAGCUGAGCUGAAAGAGAACUGGUUAGCCUCUCUUUCUUGCCCUUUGCCUAAAAGAUUUGGAGGCCUCGGCGGCGAUGGGGAGGAAUCAGAUAUAGCGAUUGCGGGUUCCGAUUGGGUUAUCGGAAUCGACCCGGAUACUCACGGUGCAUUGGCGGUCUUGAAAGGGAACGGCCCCGACUGUUCUGCUCAGGUAUUUGACUCUCCAAACUUGCCAGUAUCAAUUGGUGGAAGAGUUCGGAAACGCCUAGAUGCUAAAUCUAUCAUUCAGUUGCUCCGCAGUUUUGAUGCUCCCAUUGGCACUACUGCAUAUAUAGAGCAAUCAAUCCCUUUUCCAAAAGAUGGAAAGCAGGGGUGGUGGAGUGGUGGAUUCGGGUAUGGACUAUGGAUAGGGAUCUUAGUUGCCUUGGGCUUCUCUGUUGUCCCAGUGCCAUCGUUUGCUUGGAAAAGGAAAAUUGAAAUCUUUGGCAGCACGCCUACAAAGGAUGAUAGCAGGAGAGUUGCAUCAACAAUGUUUCCUGCACUGAGUGAGCUAUUGAAGAGAAAAAAGGAUCAUGGGAGAGCGGACGCUCUACUCAUUGCUGCAUACGGGAGAAGCCUAAAGAUGGAGUUGGACUCCUCACUUCAGGUAAAGGAAUUGGUUUCUCAGAAUGGGCACGUCAGCCUUACUUGUUCCUAACUUCAUGCUACAUUUUUAAGAAUGUCAGAACAGACAGUUAAGGGUAAAAGUGGCUCAAGUUAUUAGGGGCCUUCCAAUCAUAGUAACUGUAGGAGAUUCGUUAAUUAUGCUGCUAGCUGUCCAAUUUCUUGAGAGGGAGAAAAAAGGGAGCUUGUUUAUUAUUAUUGUUUUCAUUAGAGAGACAAAAAGGUAUUUCUCAAAGAUAAAUCGAUAAAGAGCAGGAAGGUACAAAUCGACCUAUUCAAGAGAAGAGACAUGAUAAAAGUGAAAGUAGCAUGUUAGGAGUUGAAAGGUCUUUGAAAGUUGUUCUGGACUUUAAGGAAUGUAUCCGAGCAAUACACAGGUGGCGAUGAAAAAUGGGAAGAAAACAGUGUCAAAGAAGGAUUGACAAAACUAAAGCUUAUGAAGACAUUGAAGUAGGAGAAAAAAGGUCAGUUCUUCCUUUUGGGUUUUGCUCCUUGCCUGAUGGCCAACUGUGGAUGGAAAAUGCUUGUUCUUGGCGGUAUUAUAUAGCAUUGAAUUUUUUCGGAGUUGGUUUGGUCGAGCUAGAUUCAUUCCUACUUAUUUAGCAGAUAUAUGAUAUUGUUCAAUGAGUUCAAUUAUUUACAAAUUCGUCAAAAUCCAUAGUUAGGACUUAGGAACUUAGGUAGUUGUCCUCUUAUAUUAGCUUCCCGCGGGGUAAGGGUUAUUUUUACAAAAUUGUAAAAGAAUGAGUGAUUGAGGUUAAUUUACGAUUAAUUGAGCAUUUGUAAUCACUUGGGUUGAACUGGAUGCAUAUUCUUGUGUAUUGCAUCAUUCUUCAAGUUCCUUUCCAACAAGUAUUGUCAAUCACUGAUGUUGCAAAGCCCCUAUAAUCAAAUGGAUUUG